CUUUCCCAUCAAAACUGCGAAGUGAACGACGGACGGACCUUGUGUCAGUUUUUGCAGCCAGUCAGCUUUUAGCUCGCCAUCAUCAUUACAUUAUUCUAUUCGACAGUAAACUGUAGUGAGAAAAAUAAAAACCACACGGACGGGAAAAAAGACACACAGCGAGAGCGAUUAAUUUCCCCUCAAGCCCAUCGAAGAAUCGGAAGUAGCUGCAGUGAAAGGUGAAAAAGUGAAGUGAAUUUUCGUUUUGCCGAGUGUACUUUUGGUUUGUAAUCGACGGAACGUGUUCCGGCCGAAGGUGAAGCGGGACAAGGUAGAAGAGCCCCCUGGACAAGGAGCUUCCCUAAGCUUUGUCGUCGUGAUUCACUAUACUGUUGCUCGUCGCUGGCUGAUCGAUUUUGCGGUCAGCGGAGGAAAAAAGUCACCAGAAAGGAAGAAAAGUCUCAAUCGGAUAGUGUUUAUUCAUUGGAAUCAAGUGAAGAAUUAAGUUUUCCUUUUUUAGUGCUUAUCUGUGAUCCUUUAAAGUGCUGUGUUAUCACCAUCAACGUGUUAUAUUGAAUGAAAUUAAAAUUUAAACUAGUUAUAUCAUCGCAAAGAAAGUGCGUGUAAGAUAGUGUAAAGCGAAGCAGAUCAGUCGUAUAAAAAUAAAGUUUGUGUGUGUUCAAAAUAGUAGCUAAAAAGUGCGACGAGUAAAAUAGAUAUAAAUAUUGGAAACCGUAUCCUCUCUCUCUCUCUAUCUCUAUCCAUCCAACUCUUCCCGCGGAUUUUAUUUUCGGUGUCGUCGCAAAGUGCAAGAAGAACAUCUGGACACCGACACCGAGCUAGGCCGCUCUGCGAGACACCACCAGCGGCCAAAAGUCGUAGACAUCACCUCGACCAGCACCAGCCGACUGCUAACGUCAUCAUCGCUGCCGGUUAACCGGGAGGACACAUAACAGUCGUCAUGUUUUGGGACUCGGCAAACUCGGGCUCGAAUAUAGACAGCUUGCUCAGUAAAGAGGGACUCACACUUCAAGAUGUUUUGGAUUACGAGGACGUGUUACAGGAAUGCAAAUCCCAAAACAAAGAACUACUUCAAUACUUAAACCGCACAGAGGUGUUCGAUGAGCUGAUAGACCUCAUCAUCCUGGAACCGCCAGCCGAUCUCGACGACAACGUCCGAUUCAUGCAUUCCAAUAUGGCGUGCGAGAUACUUACGAGUGACGUACCGUCCUUCAAAACCCACCUGGUCGAGAACCAGAACUUUCUGAACAAGCUGUACAGCUUCCUGCACCGAGAGCCGCCGCUCAACCCACUGCUGACGUCGUUCUUCUGCAAAACGUUCGGGAUGCUCAUAUCAAAACGUAACGAACAAGAUUAUUUCUCUUAUAAGUCAGUGUGCCUACAAGUAUUAGAGUUUAUCAAGUCUAAAAAAGGUUUCCUCACCACAAUGCUGAAGCACUUUGGCAAUCAGGUCAUUACCGAUCUGCUGCUGUGCUACAUCACUGAUAUCGAAGACGCCGAGCUCAAAUCGGAACUACUGGAGUGGCUUAACGAGCAAAAUUUGGUUGCCGAGAUAAUAAACCUGCUAAAGUUACCAGGCGAAACGCAGAAACACUACAACGUCGCACAAUUUUUAAUUGAACUUAUCAAAAUAGGAAGGGGCAAACGACAGAACGAAAGACAAGACAAAGUUACAUCUGAUCCUAUCCUGGACACAUUGGAAAACGAAGCCACCACCCAAAUGUUGCUGGACAUCAUCCUAAAAGAGAAUAGCGAAGAAAGCGCCAUUGUCGGUGGUAUUCGGAUCAUUCUGCGACUGCUGGAGAAUACGAUCAUACAAGAGCCGGUCUCCGAUACUGCUCUCCAGAUGGUUAUCGACGCUGAGAAAGAACACCAUGACACGGUCGUGCUACGGUUAGUCAAGAUCAUACACCCGAGAAUACUUGAGUUUGUUCACAUUUUAACAAAUCCGCCUCAGAAACCCGACAUUAUUACCACUGUCGGCGUACUUUCACCACCUCUAGGAAACGUGAGACUUCAGAUUUGUAAUUUAUUUACAGUAUUAAUAGAAACCGAAAACAGUGAUGUAAUCAGGACAAUAUGCGGAACAGAUUUUUAUAGUACAUUGCUCAAUCUUUUUAAGCAAUAUUGUUGGAACAACUUUUUGCAUAAUCAGGCCAAGGUGUGCGUCAACUACGCAAUUCAAUCGUUCGACCAGAGAGAGGGUGAAACCAAGUUGCUUACCUCGGAUUUACAGCGACAUAUUAUCUGCGACUGCAAACUUGCCUCUCAGCUGGUGGACCUUUGGUACUACAACGAGGAGAUGCAAACACCUAAAACGCCAGACAACGACGAGCAGGAAACAGAACAGCCGCUACAACCGCCACGCAAGUGCCGCCGGCUCGGUUAUAUGGGCCAUCUGAUCGAAAUGUUCGAAGCCCUGGUCACAAACAUGAAUGUGUCGGAGGAGUUUUGUGCCUUAGUCGAAUCAACCCUUGAAGGAGACUUCAUGAAAGACCGCUGGCGGCGAGUGAUCGAAUCCGAAGAAGGUGAGCUGGCGAAAAUCCUGGCGAUUCAGAAGCGAUUUUUGGCUGAUCAUGACCCAUAUCAGAAGAAAGACUUUUCGUCCGAUGUUACAAUAUUCCCUAAGGAUGCUGACAACAAUCUUAAGGACUAUAUGCAUAAUACUGUAAUGGACCUGAGUAGCAUGAACAACAGCUCCUCGUUUGAGCUAUUAGGUUUCACCAAUACGGUGGAACAUUUGACCAAAUUGUUUGAUGAGGCUGUGGGCACUGCCAAUGCAUUUAUCAUGCCUGGUAUGGACACUGAUAUGUUCGGCGAGGAUGACGAUGAAGACGGGCAGGAGGGGAGUGCUGAAGAAGCGCGGAACUUUUACAUGGGUCGUGGUAGAAUUCCGGCGCAGAGUGAUGACGACACCGAGGGUGGAGAUGGAGGCGGUGGGCACCGUCCGUAUGAUGAUGAUCUCAAAAAUGCAAUCGAUUUGUUCAUUAACAAGAGUGCCUGGCCAACGGAUUCAUCCUCAGUGGAAAAUGUUGAUCCAUGGGGUACCGAUGAUGAACCCAGUACGAUGGCUCAACACGUGGAAGAAAUUUCGGAUGCGUGGGCUAACUUCGGCUCGGACAGUUUUGCCGAUUUUGAUUCACACUUUACGGAUUUCAAAAUGGCAUGUGCGAGCACGUCCAACAUUGACGAGGACUCCACAAAGACAUCGUUUGAUAACAAUGAAAACAUCGCGUUCGAUGGUUUUACGAACAAAAACAACGAUGCAUUCGCAGAGACUGACAUGUUCGAUGUUAGCACGACGCAACCUCCGCAGUCUUCGCCUAGUUCGACGAUUGAUUCCACCAGCAGCUCAAAGACUUCAACCAACGAUUGUCCCGUGGUUAUAGAUCCAUUAGCCACAAAUGCAAACGAAGCAACCAGCACCACCAAUACUGAAAUUGAAGACACUAGAAAUAGUAACGUAGCAGCAGCAACAGUAGAAAACAAUGUGCCAUUACCUGUAGCAGAUACACAAAGCUGUAGUGAUCUAGAGAAAACGACACCUGAAGAACCAACUAUCGCUACCACUGAUAAAACUGAGCAAGUUGAUGUCAGCAGUAGGUUGCAACAGGAUGAAGCACUUCAGUCGAGUCACGUAUCUACCACCGUUGCGGAGGUGACUGAAUCGUCCAUUGAAGACAAUAAGAAUGGUCCUGUUGCUUCCAUUGAAAGUGACGAUGGUGCUGAGUUUGAAGACGCGAGAGAAUCGUUCGCAGAUAUGGUGGUUGAUGAUGGAUCCUGCAAUGUUGUAACCGAUUCCGUUCCUCAACCCGACAGUAGUUCAACCCAGGAGACCUGCCUUGAAAAUAGCAACGAAGCCACAGCAGCAGACGCAUCAAUAGAAGAAACGUCCAGCACACUUAACAAGACUUCUGACCUCGUAGUAGCACCCGCUGUUGCAUCGCUGGAAACAUCACCCGAAAGCUGUCACAAAGACAGCACUGAUAAAGACAGCAGUACAGCGCCGACCCUUACCUCGUCGUCAAUUGAUUCAUCGAAAGUCCCGAUUCAGCCUCAGCCACCUCAACCACCACCACCAACUGUGCCAUUAGAGAAUGGGUCAGUCUAAAAUAGAAACGAGAAAGUGAAUAUUACAAAUGCAUGCGAAUAAAUUGUUGUUUUGGGAGUAAGGUGGAAAAAACGAUUUGUAUGAAAACUUGUGUAGUAAAGCUUAAAAAGCUCGACAUGAGAAAUCAGAAUGAAAGCAGUUUUUGUUGAGGGGGUUUGUGACAAAGUGGAAUCAAUCGGGUUAAACUGGUUGUUUGUACCAAUUAGUGAAACAUGCGCUUAGUAGCAGCAAGAAAAGCCAAGGAAAAAUAUUUUUAUCACUCGGUAUAUUUUUAUUAUCCUCUCCGAAAGAGCAUGUGUUUGUUACCCUCGUGCGUACAUGGGCUGGCAUCUCUUUAUGGCUAGAUAAAUAUUAGUCUCUCAAGACUCAAUUUAAUCGCUUCUUGAAAAUGAACGGUGGUGCUGAAGUCUUAUUAUUUUCUGUGAAGACUUAACAGUUGUAUGGUAAGUAGCUUCGGAAGUCAACCGUCCAUAAACAUGAAUGUGUUUCGGUUUUCUUUCGUCCGGCCUUAGAAUCAAGUGUUUUUUCUUAGUUUUGGAGCACUUGUUCUGAAAAGCUCCCAUCCCAAUCGGAUUCGAUUUCGAAGCUACUAUCGUAUACUAUCUACUAUUACUACUACAAUUGACUAUACUAGUGAAUGGUAUAAGAAUAAUGAAAUUAUAGUUUAAGGAAUACAGUGCUGUGCUAGUGUUCCUGGAAGGGGUUUCAAUCCUCACCAGAAAGAAGAAUAAUAGCAAUUUAGUUACACACAAUUAUCAAAACUUUUUAAUUAUUAUUCCUGUUUUAUAUUAUUAUUUGACUUAGAUAAACAAAAAAGUAAAGCUACAAAAACCAACAACUCAAUGUAUUUUUAUGCAUGAUGAAGCCAAAAAGUGCAGAAGAGUAAAGAAAGCGAAACACGUGUGCGAGUAGAAGUGAGAAGUGCAUCAACAAAGUAAGCAAUCAGUUUUGAUCAGAGAUUUUUUUGUGAAAACGAGAGAAUGUGAUUUAUCAAUUUAAAAAAAACACACAAAGCUUCCGCCAAAACGAAAACAAAACAUCUACAAUGAAAUUAAAGAAUUUAGGUAGCACUAUUGUUCCACUAAGCGUUAAGUUCUGGUAUAGAAUUAAAUGAGCCAGGAUGAUUGUGGGAGCAAUGUAGAAUGCAGUCCUUAUGCUAGUGUUCAUUUGUCGCUGCAUACACACAGGAUCGUGACCGUUUGUUUGAUUAUUCGUUUUUCGUAUAAUGUUUGUGUUAAUGUUCUUUAGUACGUUAAGUAAAUGAGAUGAAUAUUAAUUUUAAUAUACUUAUCAGUUCAAACUACUACGUCUUUUUAUUUGCGUAAUUAUUCAUAACGUUAAGUUACCGUAGUAAGUUCACUAUCUUCGAUACGCUUAUUUUAUAAUAUGUGUUUUUUUUUUGCCUAAAUCGUUGAUACAUAGGAUGCCAAUAUUGCUUUGCGGUGUUCUAGUUGAUUACGAAAUGGUUGCUGAAGGCCGUUCUACUCCUUGCACCGUAUGAAUUCAGUGGCAUUUCUAUGAGCUGGCUCUCAUCAAAAAGCAGAGAACUAUCAAUUAAACGACAUAUCUUAACGCUGUGCAUCAACAAUUUUUGUUGCUAUUUUUUUCUGAAACUACCGUUUUUUUAUAUACAUUCUAUUGAAACUUUGCAACUACCUUUUCAUGAAAACUGAGUAGACAAAACAUGAAACCGUUUCAGCUGAAAGCUUUUGAACAAUAAAAUCUCUAAUAUAUACGACGAUACACACAUAAAUCAACGCAACACAAAAUACAUUCACGCAUUACAGUAUAAUUAAACUCUUCAACAUUCAGCUACACACAACCAAGCAUGUAGUACCACAAAUACAUUCACACGUGCAGCGUAUCUCUCGACUGGCAGAGAUAUGAUAAAAAACAAAAAUGGUGCAAUGUUCUGAUACAUAUAUUGACAAAUGAAUCAAAUGUAAGCUAGUGCCACUUUCUAAAGUACCAUGGAAUAUAGAACUAAUAAAGGAAUGUGAACGUCCGCAAA